AUGCCUAAAAGAACAUCAACGUCAAGAACAGCAUCGCCCGCACCGGCACCUGGAUUCGCCCAAUUUACUAAACAUACUACCGGCUAUGGUCAACGCAUGCUGCAGAAAAUGGGUUGGAACGUCGGUAAAGGUUUGGGUUCCAAAGGGGAAGGUAUUGUGAACCCGGUCGAAACCAAGCAGCGUCCUGCACGUAUGGGUAUGGGUUUCAGGGGAUUCGACGAACGCACAUCGCAAGCUAAACAAGAAGCGCGUGAAAGAGGAGAGGUCAGUUCGUCAGAAGAAGAGUCUGAAGAAGUAGCAGAGGAGGAAACGAAGAAAAAAGGAGCCAAACGAGGGGCAUGGAAGCGAACUGGACCGGCAGCACCAAGGAAGCCAAAGGUGGUUUACAAGACGGCUACAGAUAUUCUAGCAGAAACGGCGGCCGAAACCGGGGUGCAGACACAACAAAAGGUCAUCGAUAUGACAGGUCCCAGUAUACGCGAGAUUUCACUAUCGGAAAUCAAGCGAACCGAUUCACCCACUUUAAUGGAGACAACCACACGAUUACCAGAAUUACGGCAUAACCUUCGAUUACUGGUCGAUCUAUCGCGAGGCGCUUUGGAGAACUUGUCGAGAGAAAAACAACAAUCGGUUUACCGCAUGGACGCACUCAAGGCUGACUUGCUAUUAAUCGAAAAACGGCAACAGGAAGUCGAGACGAAACAGCGGAAAAUAGAGGAAGUGGUACAGAUUGCACAUCAAUUGGAACUCGCUUCCAAAAAUGCAUUGGCAUCCAAGUCGUUCGAGACAAGCAGCAUCUCCGAGUUGUUCGGUCAUCUUUUCGAUCCUCUGCUGACGAAAUACGUGGAUGAAGUGAAGAGCUUGGGGUUGGAUUCACUCGUAGUGGCAGUGUGGGCGCAAGUCAUGAAGUUCCAAUCGAUUCAUUGGAACGUUCUUCAGCAACCUACAUGGGGUUUGGAUGAUAUUACUCGCUGGCGACCCUUACUCCGAAGUAACGACGAUCAGUUAAUGAUGACCGACGCUGGGUGGGCUCGUUCUCGCCCGAGAAGACGGAAAGACCUGCUUGUCAUGACUCCUUAUGAAGCCAUGAUGAAUACCAUUUGGCUCACUCGAGUACGAAGUGCGAUAAAUAAUGACUGGAGCGUGCGGGAUCCGGAUCCUUUAAUUCAACUGAUGGAAGCGUGGAAGCCACCCAUUUUGCCGCAAUUCGUAUUCGAAAACAUCAUCAAUCAAUUGAUUUUACCUAAAUUAAACAAUGCGGUAUCUGCUUGGGAUCCUCGCAACGACCCCGUUAUGAUUCAUACGUGGAUCCAUCCCUGGUUGCCGUCACUGCAAGCCUGGCGUCUUGCUGAUAUAUUCGUUAGCAUACGACAAAAGCUCUCGGUCAUUCUACGUCAAUGGCACCCUUCGGACGAAUCCGCUUUACAUAUCAUCACACCAUGGAAAGAAGUAUGGACGCCCGCGCAAAUGGAGUCCUUCCUUGUGAAAUCUGUCCUACCCAAACUCACUCAGGUGCUCCGCGGAGAAUUCGUGGUUAACCCGCGAGAUCAACAGCUGGAACCAUUGAUCUGGUGCCUUGCUUGGAAAGAUCUGCUGUCCGAAACACUGAUGGGUCAAUUAUUGGAAAAUGAAUUCUUUAGCAAGUGGCUCGAUGUGCUAUUCAAAUGGUUAACAUUGGAUCGGAGCCAUGUGAACUACGAUGAAGUCAAGCAAUGGUACUUGUGGUGGAAGGAAGUGUUUGAUACCUACGGAUUGGGCAACAACAAGCUCGUUACACAAUCCUUCCGUAAAGGUCUCGACAUGAUGUUUGCAGCAGCAAAUGGCCAGCCUGUAACACGCGCGUAA